AUGGGUGCUAUUUGUUUAGUUAAUCUUGUUUUCAUGUUUAUUGUUCCUCUAGCAGUGGCUAGCAAAGAAAAUGGGAAAAGCAGCUUGUCAACUUACAUUGUUCACCUUAAGAAACCAAAGGGAGUCUUUGCACAAGCAGUAGAUUUGGAUGGUUGGUAUCGAUCAUUCCUUCCGGUUACCAUCCCCGGCCAGAGGACACGGAUGGUUUUUUCGUAUCGAAAUGUGGUUACAGGAUUUGCUGCAAAGCUAACAGCAGAGGAAGCAGAAGCAAUGAAAAGAAAGGAAGGGAUCAAAUCUGUUUGGCCUGAGAAAGUAUAUUCUCUACAUACAACACAUAGUCCUGACUUCAUGGGUUUGCAGCAAAGUCUUGGGUUUUGGAACCAAUCAAAUUAUGGUAGGGGAGUCAUAAUUGGGGUUUUAGACACUGGAAUAACCCCGGGUCACCCUUCAUUCAGUGACGAAGGAAUGCCGCCCCAGCCAGCGAAAUGGAAGGGGAAAUGUGAGUUUGAAGGGGGAUGCAAUAACAAGCUGAUUGGGGCAAGAAGUUUUGUAGAAGGUGAGGUUGGGCCACCGGCUGACGAGGAAGGUCAUGGCACUCACACAGCAAGCACAGCUGGUGGCAAUUUUGUGAAGGGUGCAAAUGUUUUUGGCAAUGCCAAUGGCACAGCAAGUGGGAUGGCACCUUUAGCUCACUUGGCAAUGUACAAAGUAUGUGGAGCGGGUUGUUCUGAAAGUGCAAUAUUGGCUGCAAUGGACGCCGCUGUUGAGGAUGGAGUGGAUGUCCUCUCACUUUCAUUAGGUGGUGGUUCAAUUCCCUUCUAUAUGGACUCAAUUGCCUUGGGUGCAUUUACAGCAAUUCAGAAGGGUGUAUUUGUGAGCUGCUCAACUGGAAACGAAGGUCCUUCCUAUGGUACCUUAUCAAAUGAGGCUCCAUGGAUUCUUACAGUCGGAGCAAGCACCAUUGACAGGAGCAUAGCAGCUGUACCAAAGCUAGGGAAUGGAUUAACUUUUGAUGGUGAAUCCCUUUAUCAGCCUAAUGAUUUCCCUUCAACUUUACUGCCUCUUGUAUAUUCAGGGGCAAAUGGCAAGGCAGCAUCGGCAUUUUGCGCCCCGGGGUCAUUGAAAGAUGUUGAUGUCAAAGGAAAAGUGGUUCUGUGUGAAAGAGGUGGCGAUAUAGGAAGAAUUGACAAAGGCCAAGAAGUAAAAGACAAUGGUGGCGCUGCCAUGAUCCUCAUGAAUGACAAACUUAAUGGUUUCAGCACCAUAGCUGAUCCUCACGUACUUCCUGCAACCCAUGUGGGUUACGAGACUGGUUUGAGCAUCCGAAAGUAUAUAAACUCGACCAUAAAUGCAACAGCUACAAUCAUAUUCAAAGGUACAGUACUAGGAAAGCAAACUGCUCCUGAAGUCACUUCUUUCUCCUCAAGAGGCCCAAGUUUGCAAAGCUUUGGGAUCCUGAAACCAGAUAUAAUUGGUCCUGGUGUAAGCAUUCUAGCUGCAUGGCCAGUUUCAGUAGAAAACAAAACAAAUACAAACUCAACAUUCAACAUGAUUUCUGGCACUUCAAUGUCUUGUCCUCAUCUCAGUGGCAUUGCUGCUUUACUCAAAAGCUCUCAUCCAGAUUGGUCUCCAGCUGCUAUAAAAUCUGCGAUCAUGACUACAGCUAGCUUGGUUAACCUGGGAGGUAACCCCAUUGUUGAUGAAACAAACACUACUGCUGAUAUCUUCGCGACUGGUGCCGGCCAUGUUAACCCAUCUAAAGCAAACGACCCUGGCCUUAUCUAUGAUAUCCAACCUGAUGAUUAUAUCCCUUAUUUAUGUGGCUUGAAUUACACUGACGAGGAGGUAGGAACAAUUGUGCAACAAACGGUGAACUGUUCCAGUGAAUCAAUAAUAGCUGAAGCUGAGCUAAACUAUCCCUCAUUUUCUAUAUUAUUGGCGGAAUCUGGUGGUUCUCAGACAUAUACGAGAACGGUGAUGAAUGUUGGACCAGCAAGCUCAUCCUAUACCUAUGAAGUGUUUGUCCCAACAGGGGUGGAUGUUAGUGUAAAACCGGAAGAGAUUGUUUUCACAGAGGUGAACCAAAAGCAAACCUACUCGGUUACAUUUAGCAGGCAAAAGAAUAUCUCCUUGCCAUUUUCCCAAGGACUUUUAAAGUGGGUUUCUGCUCAACAUGAUGUUAACACCCCAAUUGUUGCCAUUUUUGAAUAA